GUCUUCUGGCGGGAAACAAAAAGAGCGCCGCCGCUGGUGCACACGUGCACACCUUGGAAUCCUUCCAGAAGCGCGCGGACGAGCUGCAAGUCACUUCCCCGGUCGCGGGCGCGCGAGAGGUGACGCCUCCUCCUUCGCGUACAGAGCGCAUCUGUGAAUGACUCCCGCGCUCACGUGACUGCGCUCCGAAGGCGGCGAGAGCGCGCGGCAGCCCUCGCUGCGCGCGUUUUAGAGACCUCGCAAAGCGUCCGGAACAGCUCCGGCCGCCGCGGCGUUUUGGUGGAACGGCUGGCGUGUCCGCAGCAGCUGGCGUGGAACACGACUCUCGGGCUCUCCCCCCAGGUCGGCAAACGCACACACACACAAACACACACACCUCGGCGGCAGUGAGCGCAACCUGUUGGUGUCGGUCACGCGGUGGGACCCCUGUGGGACUGUGGCUCGCGGGCGCUGCGGCAUGCGACAAGCGAUUCGCCCAUCCGAGCGCCCAUCGUGCUGAAAAGCGAGGCUUCUGACUUCUGGCUAUGUCGCUCAACAAGGAUCCGCGUCAUUUCAAGAAGUGUAAGAGCGCCACUUUUCGAGUCGACGGGCUGUCCUACACCAUAGUGGCCAAUCCGCCUCCAGAGGCUCCUGCCAAGGAUGCUCCCGAAGGAGAGGCCGAAGAGGAGGAUGCUGGAGACCCCACCAAGCCGGGCACGGUGGUGGUGCGUCGCUUCCAGCCCCGCGUGGCCACGGUUGUGCGCGAGAAGGCUGGCGAGCAGUGCGACGAGGGCGGCCGCCAAAACGAGGACGAUGCCGAGACGGAGGCGGCCGCCGGCGAGCGCCGCAACGGCAAGAGCCACGGAGCACUGGGCGACGCCCGGCCGCUGCCGCCUGUCGACACGCUGGAGGCCUGCGACAAAGCCGCAAACAGGUUGCGAGACCUGUCGACGCACCUCCAACACGGCGACGUUCCUUUAGAUAUGCUUCAAAAAACACUUCAAUACGCAGCCUGCGUCCUUGAAGCCGUUUGCCAAGAUGAAACAAGGAGGCAGACGCCGAUUCCACCCCAGCCACCACCUUCUUCGCUUCUCGAAACGCCGUUACCACCAUCCGGGGUGGCGACGUCUUUGUCAGUGUGUCCCAACGAGAAGAAAAUUCCUGCCACCGAUGUUCUCCCGGCAGACAGCGUCCCGCGGCAGCCGGGGGUUGAACAGCGGCGAAGGGCCCUCAUAAACGCCAACUCAAAGUUCAACAGCGGAUCGUUUUCCAAAGGUGCUCAGUCAUUUUUUCGGAAGAUGCUGGACGAGGAGGAUGACCUGUCAGAAGUGCAACCGGAUGCGGUGCCCAAUGAAGUGCGAGAAUGGUUGGCGUCCACCUUCACGCGUCAAGCGGCAACGCAGAGGAAGCGGUCGGAGGACAAGCCACGGUUUCGUUCUGUGGCCAACGCUAUCCGGGCAGGCAUUAUGGUUGAGAAAAUUUACCGACGGAUGUCAAGCUCAACGCUCCUGCAGAUUCCUAAUCACCUUGCAGUUUUACUCAAGUCUGUAGACGACUGGUGUUUUGAUGUGUUCAACGUGAACGAGGUAGCAAAUGGACAAGUCCUGCGCUAUCUGACAUAUGAGUUGUUCGGAAGGUAUGGGAUAGUCCACAAGUUCAAGGUGUCGUCAGCAGCGCUAGAGAACUUUAUCUCUGCUGUGGAGCAAGGGUACUGCAAAUAUAAAAAUCCCUACCACAACAACCUGCACGCAGCAGACGUCACCCAGACCGUCCAUUACAUGCUCUACUCAGCAGGCAUCGGUGGCUGGUUGACAGAACUGGAAGCAUUUGCCACCUUGUUUGCAGCAAUUAUCCAUGAUUAUGAACAUACUGGAACAACCAACAACUUCCAUGUGAUGUCUCGGUCAGAAACUGCGCUCAUCUACAAUGACCGAUCGGUUCUCGAAAACCAUCACAUCAGUGCUGCUUUUCGCCUGUUAACAGAUGAUGAUCAGAACAUAUUAUCCAGCCUAAGCAAAGAAGAGUACAAAGAAUUCCGUCUGUUGGUUAUUGAAAUGGUCCUGGCAACCGAUAUGACCUCUCACUUCCAGCAAGUGAAGACCAUGAAGACAGCCCUGAGUCAUCAUGAUUUCAGCCUUGACAAGGCCAAAGCACUCAGCUUAAUUCUACACUGUUGCGACAUUAGUCACCCAAGCAAGGAGUGGAGGCUGCAUCAUAGGUGGACAUAUCUCCUUAUGGAAGAAUUCUUUCAACAGGGUGACAAAGAACAUGAACUUGGACUUCCAUACUCGCCACUGUGCGACAGGAACACAACGUUAAUUGCAGAGUCUCAGAUAGGCUUUAUUGACUUCAUUUUAAAUCCAACCAUGGAUGUGUGCGGAGACCUCUUGGAAAAAAUACUCCUUCAGGUUUCACAAAGAACUACUGAGGACAGCAUUUCAGAAGAAGGCAGCGAGAACAAGGGAACAGAGGCACUGAGUGAAGAUGAUGCCAAGGCACAGGAUGACAGCAAAAGCAAGGAUGAUGCCAAGCAGCAGAAUGACAGUAAAGAGGAGGAUGCCAAACCACAUGAAGAAGGCAAAAAACAGAAUGAGGAAAAAAUUCAGCAACGCUCACUUUCCAUGGUUCAGCCAAUACGCACAACAAGCACUACAAGCAUCACAAGUCUCUCAAGCAUAACAGCAACCAGCACUGAUGAAGGCAUCAAAUGUGGCAAAAUGGAAAGUGCACCUUCUUCACCAAGGUCACCAAAAGGACAACUCGCCCCCAAAAAGCUCAAGAGGCCUUGGCUCAAAUACUUGGAAGAGAAUCGUAGCAUGUGGCAAGAAAGGGCAGCACAAGAUGCAGAGGCAAGAAGAAAACGAGCAAGCCAAGGAAAUGAAGCAGUGGAGUCUAACCGGGCAGAGUCCAUGCCAGUGGAGUCGAAGACAGCCUUGCUGAAGUCCCAACAGUCCAAGCCUUUGGAUUCUAAAGCCUCUGAGGCCAAGCUGCUAGAGUCCACAUCCACUGAGCCUCAGCCUACAAGCUCCAGAGCACUUGAGUUUAUGCCAGUAGACUAGUCUCUGCUAGCACAUUAAAAUGUGUGCUAGCUUUUGGAAGCUUUUUAUGAGCUCGGCCAAUUCAAAUGUUCACUCUGACGUUUGUGCACCUGUCAACAUUUGCACAGCAAGAUGCCCUCACAGCUACUCUUCAUUGUGAACAAGUAUAUGCCAUCAAGAUCUACAUAUGUGAACAUUACCUUAGCUUAACUACUCCACCAUGGUGAAAUCAUUCAGUCUUGUUGCUUUAUUUCCCUUAACCUAAAUAUAUGGCACCUAGUUUUGUCAGUGCAUUUUAGUUGAAAGCAUAACUAGCUUCCUCAAGACAUCUUGUCUUACGCAGCAUGCACACACAUGCAGGUACACACGCACUUGUACACAACACACCCAGGCACUUUGAAGUCAUUCCUUCCAGUCUGCCCUCAUUCUAGCUCACAUUGUUUGUCACACUAGCAGGAUAUACUAGCUAGUAUUCGACAUGGGCACAAAACUAGCUGAGGCUUUUCAACAAAGCUAAGCUAUCAUGCACACUCCAGGCAAAGGAAUACUUGGUGACAAUGUAAGCUUACUGUUGGCUGCUUUUAUUUAUGCUUCUGAGAUGCACAUUUUGCUUUCUUUACCUCAUUAUGUUCAUUCUGUAUGCUGUGAUCAUUUAAAACAGUCUUAAACCUAUGACCUAUACAGGUUAUGUAUAUUAAUAUAGUGAAUGCAAGUUUUAAGAAUAUUUGAAGAUGUCUCUGCUUUUUUUUUUCUUUUUUGUGCUGUGAUUUGUUUUUUGAUGGCUUUCAUUCCAAUUUUUCAAUCGCAUCAAGUAUAAUGAAAAUAUGUGAGGCAAUGUACAUUUAUGGUUCCAUCCUGUUUAUGAGAACUAAGCUUGUCUUCACUCGGGGACUACUGCAAUUUUCAACAUGUAAUUACGUGCUGCUUUCCUCACUCUACUCUUCCAAAAAAAGACUUUCUGUUAAAAUUCCCUUAAAUUCAAGGCGCAUUUACCACCCAAUGUCUUUUUAUUUAAGGCUCGACUUUUUCAAACAAACCGUCGGUUGUUUGUCUGAUGUGACUGAACUGUUAAAACAUUUCUACACUGAGGUUCUACAGCAAGCAGUGCGUACAUUUUAGCAGCAUCAGUGCGUUGUCGUACACGGGUGAAGAAACAGUUCCAGUGACCUUGUUGCAGUGGCCUGUUGCAUAUGGCGAUAGUUGUGCAAGUUAUGUACAGCAACAUUUUGCUGUGGCACCAUGUGAUAAAGAUGUUCAUUGGGUAAUAUGCUUGACAGGGAAGGCUGAUAAGAUAGUAAUGUAAGAUCCUCAUUGUCAUCUCUUUUAUCUAUUUAAGUACAAUAUGGUUUAACCCCUUGUCUAAAGUGAAGCUUGUUGUAACAUGUACAUAGCACAAAGGGGUAAAAUGUUUCCGUGCAACCUUAAAAUAAAGCAUGGCCUUACACUUUAGGCUUGCCCUUAGCAUGUCAUUAAAUGCAGAAAUAAUUAAUUUGCGAUUACUCAAUGUAGUUCUUCACUUAAUGCAGCUAACCCCAAGACAGCAGCGCCUUCAGAUAGGGAUGUAGUUUUGUAUAAAAGAUGCAGUAAUAUAUUAACUAUUUUAUCGUGCAGAACUAUAUGCAGAGCAUGAACAGGUAUUUUUGCAAAAAAAAAUAAGGAAUAAUGAUGUCCACACCAAAAAAUUUAAUUAUAAUAACCAUGUAAUGUGGAACUUCUUGCAUUAUUUACUCCCAGUAGCGGUACUGUUAUCAAUGCAGUGAUUUUACUGCCUUAUUGCUUUACAAUAAGACUAAAAUUUUUGUGAAGCCUCUUAUUUUCUGUUGCAGCUAUUUCAAUGCCAUGUAACAACGAAAACGUCAAGUGUAUUGUCUUAUUGAUUAACAUAAGUUAUGUUGUAUUCAUACAUGGUAAGGAAUUAUAUAUACACAUAUAAAGGCGUAUAUUAUAUACACAUAAAAUGUUAUAUUUACAUUUCAUGUUGACACCAUUAUUCCAAAGCAACAAAAAGCGCUGUCCUUACUUAAGGUGGUCUACUACCCAGUUUCACACUGAUGCCCGUCUUAUUGCAAAAAGAUAUUUUCGUAGGUCGGGGAUGUGCAUAGCAACGAACCAUCAGUGUUUUUCCGGUAUAUUGUUAUUUUUCCUUUUUCUUUCCAUCACGUUUUUCCCAGUUAAUACCUCCAACAAAUGCUUGAGCAUAGGCUUGCUUUGCUUCAGGCUGACUAUCAUAUCAAUGAUUACUUCAGUGCUGUAAUUGCCAUCUAUGCUUAAGACAGUGGCUACACCUUGGCAUGUUGCUUGCCACGUGACGCUGCCUUUCAGCUGCAGGUGGCAAAUAUCUAGCGCUUCCCUCAACUCCAAGAUUGUAGCAAUGGAACCAAGAUGGAAAAGCACUGCAGUAUGUAACUAAAAUAUAUUUUGCUGCUAAAGAAAGUCUUGUAGAACUAUAUAUAUAUAAAUCAUUACCGCUUGCCAGGUUUUAAUAGUACUGGCUCACUGGACCUUUGAAGAGUCUCAAGCAGCUUACAAUGUACUGCUUUGAAAUGUAGAUCCCUUAAGAUGUAUAUAUGCACAGCACAUCUUACCAGUAUGUAUGGACAUCCUGAAUGUAUGAGAUGCACUUGGUAUUCAUAUAAUGGUUGUGUACAAGGCUGCAAUGCUACUCGGUGUAAAAGUUUUCUUGAGUGACAGUGUCCCUAUCCUUCUAUGACUUUGCAGGCUGCCAGCGUGCCAAGCUGUAUGUUUGCAUGUUUCUCAUCGUGUGUGUACAGAAAUUUCAGACAGCCUCCAGGGACAAGGGACUGUGUGUUAAUGAGUGAAGUGCACCUGUUUUCCAUUUACGAAGUUGCAUUUAAUGUCAGAACAGUACCCUACAGCACUUCCACCCUCCAACACCUCCAUUUCCUGCAGCUCUCUGCAUUCUUCACCCGACAAAUUUUUUUUUUUUUUAAUUCUAAACUGCUCUGCAACACCUGGGAUGUUGCAUUCACAAAUUGCGUACAGCAGUGACUGCUUUUCUUGAAAUAAUACAUACAGUAUCUUAAGUUUCAGAAGCCUUAUUGUUCUGGCAUGGCUAAAUUCAGCUUCCUGGCUUAUGCUAAUGCGACAAAACAAAGAAGUGUUGCAAACAUCAUGAUGCUUUGAUUGUUACAGAAAAUCUGAAAUAUUGUCCUUUGCUCUGCAUAGGCUUUACAAGUUAUGUGACGUUCCUAAAGGGCAGAGAAAAAAACAUUGAAUCCACAAAGUGGGGGAAAAUGGGGGUCAUAUAAGAAAAAAAAUAUAUGCAUAGAUAUUAAGCCUCUUGCUAAAAUAGUGUUUGAAGUCAUGCCAUCAAAUUGUGUAAGUAGAGGCUGUAAACAUAGCUUGCAUUCUGCUCAUUCUACAUAUACACACAAGAAAAUAAAUGAGCAAGCUUACAUACACCUUAAACUGCUAUUGUGAACUAGUUUUCUCUACUUGACAAAAAUGUAUACAACCAACCUCACACUAAGCUACGGUCUAGUCACCCCUAUAGUAUAACAGAACAAACAUUAUUUAUACUUUUUGUCUUUCACAUAUAUCUGUCCAUUAACUGCAAGCAUAAGUGCUCGCAAUUUGUGGCCAACAGUGUAACAACCCAUGGACCAGGCACAAUGUUUCUUCCUUUGCACAAAGCUUUGCGCUCAGCACAGGCUGGACUGAAGGAAACUGAAACUGGAACUUUUGAACAUGUUUCCUGCAUGGUAAUCCAGCUAUUGUACUGCUAAAAGCUUACUAGUGUCUGUAGUGGCUCGGUAUCAUAUCUGCUAAUGCCCCUGUUGCCAUAUAGUACAAAAAGCCCCCUUUGUGCUGAUCUACACUGGAAGUGCAUGGUACGUACAUAUCAUGUUAAAAGUGGUAAUUUGGACCAGAUGGUAGGUAGACUGUAAAACCAAAACAUAAAUACGAAAGGACACACAAGGGCCAAACAGCAUACAUGUGAAGUCUUUCACCCCUACCCUUUGCAUUAUGCUAGUAUCAACCCUCUUUGGUGUUAAACUCUUUUGCAACAGGCAGUUAUAAGAGAGACAGAAGGCAGCCUAGAGUCCUGCUACAUAAUCAUUUGUUGGCAAUGCCAUAUCAUUGCUCGAAUCAUGUACACUGUACUGCUUUGCUAAAUCUGAUAAACAAAACAAAAAAGAAACAAAAAAAAACAGACUAUGAUGCACUUCUGAUCCCAAGAAGUUGUGCUCCAAGAACAACAUUUUUGUGGCAAGAGUAUCAAGCCAUCGGUGUGUUGCGCAAUGGAAUGAAAAGGCCCACAGAAAGGCCAUAGUAUGUGCAAGGAUAUGGCAGCUAAUACUUGAAUGAUAACCUUCCCACUGUAGUUAUGAGCUGUACUAAGCUUUAAGACAAGUCAAUUUCACAAAAGUGCUGUGGGACUGCAUCAUAAAUGCCAUUCACCAUAUGAUAAAACCAGGUGUAGAAAUGAACAAAGCAAAAAAAAGGAAGUUAAAACAAAUUUCCUCAGUUACACUUUGACGUAGAGGCCAAUUUUGUUUGAAGGCAGCUGCAGGGACUCUGAUGGCCUGUUAGAAGCCUGCAAAAUUGUUUGUCUGUAUAAUCUAAUGUACUAGAAAUAUUGCUAAGUCUAUUUCAGUAUAGAAAAAAUGUCAGCAGUUAUACAUGAAAGGGCAAUGUUGUCAUCCGUCUAAGAGUAGCAUGUAGCUACAAAGGAAACCCAUAUGGUUUUUGCAGAAAGAAAGCUUUCCACUUGAAAAAAUUCAUGUGUGUAGAACAGAAUGCUAACACCUUUUUGCAGUGGUUGCGCUACCAUAUGAACAAGCCAGGAGGCUAGUAUAUUGUAGAGUGAAGAUGAAAUAAUUGAUAACUCAAAUCACAAGUACACAAUAUUGCUGCUUUAUGCUGCUAUCGAGUCCUUAGUGAAAACCCUAAUAGAAACGCCGGUAAUCUAAUCAACAAUAGCCUAAUAGGUUCUUGUAGGGAGAACCAUUACUCUAUUUGCUUGCUGACAGCCAAUGGCCUAGUCUAAUAAAAUAUUGGCAUUUUCAUUAGGACCCAUAUACUUAAUUGAUUCAAGAAAUACCUGAUGCUCAAUUUGACCCAGAAUAUUGCACCAAGCUCUAAGCAUAUACACAAACUAUCAAUGGUUGCCCAUCGUUUCACUAUGUGCAAUCUCUCUCGCAUGAUAUAUAUAUAUAUACGCAAGCAAAAUUUGACUGGCCAAAUGGUCGCAGUAGUUCGAGAAAAUAGGUGGUAUUAUGGCAGAUUAUGCAGUUAAUGAAUGCUGUUCUCCACUGAUCACUCCAAACAAAAAGAUCACUUAUUUGAGGACUAACACUUUCAUUAUGCUAUUAGUAGCAAUUCAGUUUUGUUGUGGCAUUCUGCUUAUCCAGUGAAUUAUAAAGAUCAAUUAACAUAUUGAGUCCUAUCAAAACCAAAUGCCGUUUAGUUCAAAUACAAAUUCCAACAUUCACAAGUCUGCUACUACAACAUACAAGGCCAGAAAGCUUUAGAUAUAGCAAUCCUAAUUGACGGUGGGUCUAAUACAUAGUUCUGUCAAUCAGAAAGCAUUGUCUUGCCUUUACAGGCACUAAUACAAAUUGCCUGUAAUCUAAUAUGUACCAAAUGCCAAUUCCUAUAGGACUGGUAAGGAAACUAAUAAACAAUUGUACCAGACUAAUAUAAGCUAUUAGACUAAUAAAUUUACAUCAAAUACAAAGUUUUAAGGCUAACACAAAACUCUGUCGUAAUAUAAAUUAGGAGUGGACGACAAUUUUCCCUUUUAUGAAACUUCUGCCACCUUCCAGAUUUCCGCAGAACUGAUUUGCCAUAUUCUGUGAGCCGUUAUAUAUGUACCAGUGCAAGAAACACUCUUUCAUGCCAUAAAUUUUUUAAUUGUUGUACCUUACAUAUAGCUAAUUAUUCCUUUACGUACGAGUUUAUAUUUCUGCACCCUUACUAGGCAUGAAGGAAACAAACUGCCAAACGUUUAGUGCUAGGCCUUGGUGGUCCCUGCUAAAGCAUUUGUGCAGUCAUUUACUCAGCCUCUGUAGCCAUGUCUGACUUAUCAGGAGCAUCACAACACCUACCUUGCAGAGUUCCCUGCAGCAACAUUUUUUUCACACAGACCGCCUAUUGUAGUGGGAAUGUGCCAAUUUUUGUCCGCUACAUGUACUGUGAAAAUAACACAUUCAGAUAAAAAACUUAGUCAAGUCCACCACAUUGCUUUUUUUUGUGGAGGCACUCACUUCUCUAUGACCCUCAACAAAUGUUUAAAUACUGCAUGAAGCUAUUCUUGAAUGGCUAUGUGUGGAUCCAGCACUACACAAUGCUUAAGGAAGAGAACUGCAGGGCAAGAAAACUGUCAACAGAGCUUCUUCGUAGUUGUAUAACUGUUUUAUUUGCAUUCAUCAGCCACCCUACUACAUGUGAGAACCUUGCAAAGUACUAGCGCUCCAAUAUCAGUCUGUAAAACUUGAUGCAGCUGGAGAUAGGCAGCACAUGAUUGCACAUUCAUGACACAUCUAACCAGCACUUGCCCCCCAAUUCUUACAGGAAAACUGUACAGCUAUAAGCAUUAGUACGUUUUUGUUCACUUGUUGAAACUGCACAAAAGGUGCAGGUAUGAGCCACAAAACAAUGCUUUGUAGCAUUGUUAUUUUUCUUUUUUCAUUUUUUUCAGAAGCAGCUAAAACACUUCAAGAGCUCCUGUAGAGUUCCAUUUAUUAAUAUUUAAGGAUGCAACUCUGGCUACUCGAACAAAGCAUCAAAACAAACUACUGCACUCCACAAGGUUUCACUAUACUGUGUUUCCUCUGAUCACUGACCCAAUGUUUGUGAUGUUCCAGAGUCUGACCACGUAUUGACCACACUUGACAUCUGUGUUCCAGCUUUCAAACCACUUACUGGUGUCAGCUUCUCUCCAAAACUAUAAUGUUUGAUUAGUUGUUCUGUACUCUACAUUCUGUGUAGAUGUGUACAAUGCACAUCGAAAAGUUUAAUAGCCCACAUGCAUACUAAAGGACAACUAUUGUGCAAAGUAUCUUACAAGAAAAGCCUUGAAAAUGCAAACCCUUAUUCCAUUUUUACCUCUGUGCUCCGCAAGUUGGUCAUCUGCAUUGUUUUUGAGUGUGUAACCUCCUGUAAUGGAUUGUCCACAACUUUAGGGACAAGCUGCCUCAUUAUGUGCAGUCAGGAAAUCUUGUCAUAAUAAAUAUGUAACAUCUGACUAUGUAAAUAUGAUGUUUUUGGGCGACUGCCCAUGACACUGUUGUCCAGUAUGUAAAUUUGUCAGUGAUCUACUUUCUGUUACCCUUGUACAUUCAGAUUAGUAGUGAUGAAAACACUGAAUUGGUACUGCUUUUCAAGCAUUUGGUACUAGACCACUGUCCUGUGUCAGUAUAGAUGUGAAAAAGGGAGGUUUAAUCAGUGACACAAAGCACGCUGUUCAAUAUGCCACAUUUAAGCAGAAAAGGGAGAUAUUGCUUGUUGACAAGUGUAACCUAAUUUAAUGUAAUAAAGGAUGACUUGUCAGUUAC